AUGGGCAUCAGAGCACUCGUGGUCGGCGGCACCGCCGGCAUUGGCUACGCGAUUGCCAAUCGCAUCGCUUCUGAAGCCAGCUCGUCCGUCAUCAUUAGCGGACGUACAAAACCAGUCUCACUCUCUCACAGCAACAUAGAGUUCCGCGCCCUUGAUGCCUCGUCCAUGCGCGCCAUCAAGCAGUACACGGACCAGUACAAGGCGUCCCAGGAGCCGAAGCUCGACCUGCUCGUCAUGAGCCAGGGCAUCCUCACCAUGGCCGGCCGCACCGAGACCCCAGAGGGCAUCGACAACAAGAUGGCCCUGCAUUUCUACGGCAAGCAGCUCCUCAUUCGCGAGCUCGCCCCCGUCCUCAAGGACGACGCCAAGGUUCUCAUCGUGCUGGACGGGGCACGGGGCAGCUCGUCCAAGCUGAACUGGGACGAUCUGGAUCUCAAGAACACCUUCUCGCUCGGCAGGGCUGCCGAUCACUGCAUCUCCAUGACGGAUGCCAUGGUGCAGGUUCACGCCGCAAAGCUACAGCCCGCUGAGCCGAGCACGAGCCAUCGAUACUUCUUCCACGCUUACCCCGGAGUCGUCAGCACCGGGAUCUUCAAGAAUCUGCCCUGGUACCUCAAGCCUCUGGCAAAGGGCGCAGAGGCCGUGCUGGCUGUCUCUCCCGAGUCUUGCGCCGAUCAUCUAGUGAAGGGUGUAACAGCGGCCAGCGAGAAGGACGCCAGGGUCUGGAACUCGAUUGACGACAAGGGCCGCAUUGUCCCUAACAAGGAAGUCUGGAGCGAGGAGAAUCUGAAGAAGGUGGAGGAGCAUACAUGGAAGAUUAUUGACGAUGCUCUCGCUACCAAAUAA